ACGUUUGCUUGAUGAGACAAAAGUUCAGCAGGAAAUUCACGGGCAACUUGAGGAGCUGAAAGAAAAAUUGGAUAACUCGCAUGUAGCAAAAAGCAGCGACGAUGAUAAUCCAGACGAUAUUCUUUGGAAGACGCAGGAUACGACGAAAUUUUGGGUAAUCGUAUCAAUAAUGGGAAUAUCACUUCUUCGUAUACAGCAGCUCCCUCUCAUGAAGUGACGGCGGGAUUGCAAGCAUGCUUUGCAAUGCUAAAUGAUAGUGAAAGCAGUAAUGAUAGCUAUAAAGGUGACACAAAUAAAUUAACGCCACUUGUUGAUGAACUUUUAAAAUUGUUAAGGGUGGUGAAAAAAGCACUUGAAGGCCGAAAACAAUACUUGCAAGCAAGGACUGUGUAUCAGCGAUCGCUGAACUUUAUUCUUGCGCAAUGUAACAAUGACAAUGCUCCCCAAUCAGCAAUAUCAUCGUCCAAUACAACAACAAAAACAACAAAUAGGUCGACCGAUAUCUCAAAUACUAUUGACCGAUUACUACAAACUGAGGCUCCCAUUGAAGAUUUGUCUUCUUAUUUACACGUAAAGAAAGAGGUCGAGCAUAAGAUCAGGAUUCUUUUAAAGCUACUCAAUGUACCAGGACACGAAAUGACAAGAGCAGAGUUGAUCACCUAUAUCAGAAAUUAUGGGAAGACAGAGGACGGUAGCAAAAAGGAGGAAGAUAAUGAGAAGAGCAAGCCUUUAACUGAGCGGUUUAUCAUAAAUGAUGUAGAGCUAGCUUUCAUCAGAUUGGAAGGACGAGAUCUGAUAACAAUGGUUCGGUCCAAAGAUUCAUCAGAUGCUAUUGUUAAAUUGAAUUUUUGAAUCUACUUUUUACAUACCUCUAUCCAUAAUAAAUCAUCAUCAAAUGGCGCUGUUAUUUCCCAAUAGAUCGACUCUAUGAUACACUUGUAUAAAAAAGUGGAAAUAUUAUGCCCGAUGUAUAAAUUCCUGAUUUUUUACGUAUGCGUAUUGAAGUACAGCAUGUAAGUAGUCUGUGUAAGCACAAACA